AUGGAUUCUCCCGAACGCCGGUCGCCCUCGACGUCACCGCUCGGGCCACGCGACCCAGCGACCGGCCAGCCCCGCGCGCAGCUGCUCCGGCCAUCUGCAUCUGCAACGCCAUGUGGUCCGCAUCCGCGUACCCUCCCACUCUUAGCGCGCUGCGCAUCCACGGCGCAAGGGGAGUCUUUGCCGCGCGCUGCAGGCCGGGAGGCAACGCCCACGCAGCACCACCGGCGGGCCCAGAAGCGCGUCGUCGGGGAUCCGCGCCGGGAACGGACGACGCUCCUGCCAGAAGCGGCCGCGCUGCACACACCGUCGCCGUAUGCGCUGAUGUUGCGCGAAUGCAGAGAUGUGCACGCCAGCCAAGUCUCCGUCGUGGCGCUCGCGUCGGAUGCAGAGGCACCGCUGCUCGCCUCCGGAGCCACGUCGUCGGGGACGGUGCAGUGCGCGCGCGCGCGCACACAACCCCGAUGCGUGCCGCUCGGACAUGCAUGCUGA